UGUUUAUUUGUCUCAAAGAAAAUAUAUUUCAUCUAAGUGAUGUUGAUAAAGUUUUAUGCAAGUAAUGAUGUAACCCGCCGAAGGCAAAAUAGGUACCAGUGUUGCGGGAAAUGGCUACACGACGGUUGGACACAUUUAUUGACAGAUAUCGGCGUGCUGGAGACAAUGGCUCCUUUCUGGCUCACAAGCAAUACUGUUCAGACUUUUGAUUCAUGAAUUAGGCUAGACCCGUCAUUCUUUAUGAUUGACGGCUGGCACAGGAAGCUAGGAUACGGGUGAAAGACUCAAUUGACAAUAGCUAUUCUGAAUUUCCAAUCUCAUCCGCAGCCUCUUCUUCAACCUAUUACAACAUCUCCUUCUCUGG